AUGGCCUCAGACAGAAAAUUGUUGCUUCGCAAUGCUCGCCCGUAUGCGUUUUCUUGCCCUGCUGCAACCACGGCUCUAGUAAUAAUCGAUAUGCAGCGAGACUUCUUAGACCCAAAUGGCUUCGGGUCUGUUAUUUGCGCAAAUCCCGCUGCCUUCUCAUCUGUUCGCAAAAUAGUGCCCAAUGUCCAGAAAGCACUCGAAGCCGCCCGAUCUAUCGGCAUGCAUGUUAUUUUCACCAGAGAAGGCCAUCUUCCAAAUCUCUCCGAUCUGCCCGCUGCGAAAAGGUUGAGGCAGGCAAGCGCACCAAACGGCAGCAAAUCACUGACCAUUGGCGACGAAGGCCCUAUGGGGAAGCUACUUGUAAGAGGCGAGAAAGGCCAUGAUAUCAUCGACGAACUGAAGCCGUAUCCUGGAGAGCCAAUUAUAGAUAAGCCUGGGAAAGGGAGUUUUUGGGGGACUGAAUUCCAUCGAGUGUUGUUGGCCAGGGGCAUUACGCAUUUGGUCCUUGCUGGAGUUACGACUGAAUGUUGCGUAACAAGUACCCUAAGGGAGGGCAAUGAUAGAGGCUAUGAAUGUUGCAUUCUAUCAGACUGUACAGCAGGAUUUGACGAAAGUAUGGCAGCCACGUCCUUGGAUAUUGUUUGCUGCCAAAACGGCCUCUUCGGAUAUGUAGGCCACAGCUCAGAGUUCACUACGGAAGCAGAGCAAUUUCGCCAGCUUAUUCCGUCCUCAACCAAUCAUGGUCUCAACUCUCCAAUGCUUCCUUCUAUCGAUCAACUCAAGAGUCUUUACAGAGAUGGCCGUACCACGCCCGAGGCAGUUAUCAAUUCCGUGUUUGAUCGCAUAGCAAAGUAUGGGGAUAUUAAUCCUGCUGUUUGGAUCUCUAGGCAGUCUCAAGAGGAUGUAUUAGCGGCUGCCAGUAAACUAUCUGCAGCAUAUGCUGGAAAGCCUCUCCCGCCUCUUUUUGGCAUCCCGUUUGCCAUAAAAGACAACAUUGAUGUUGAAGGUUUGGUUACCACAGCAGCAUGCGAAAGCUAUGCGUAUACGGCUACUUCUACAGCUCCGUCAAUUCAACAUCUGCUCGACGCGGGGGCACUCUAUAUAGGGAAGUUGAACCUCGAACAGCUUGCGACUGGUUUGGUGGGAUGCCGCUCGCCUUAUGGUGCUCUUCACUGCUUCCACAGCAAAGAUCAUGUCCCCGGUGGCUCAUCUUCCGGAUCCGCAGUCGCUGUCGCUGCUGGACUUGUUUCCUUUGCCAUUGGGACUGAUACAGCCGGGAGCGUUCGUGCCCCUGCUGCACUAAACGGCGUCGUUGGCUUCAAACCCACCAAAGGCACAAUCUCCGCCAGAGGCGCGGUGCCUGCAUGCCAGAGUCUCGAUACAAUUGGCGUUUUGGCACCUUCUGUAGCCGACGCAAGACAGGUUUGGUAUGUGCUUGAUCGGCACGAUUCUCUAGAUCCGUAUGCCAAACCACCGGCAAGUUUGCCGACGUGGGCUGUAGACUUCCGAGGACCAAAAGAAGGAGGCUUUACCUUUGGCAUCCCUCCUGAUUCCCUUUUACAGCUGUGUUCAAAGGAAUAUCAAGAGCUGUUUAAGAAGGCUGUUGAUGUGCUGCAGUCGAUUGGAGGAACACUCGUUGAUAUUGACUACACGCCACUUGCUACAGCGGGCGAUCUCAUUUACGGUGCGUCUCUUAUUCACGAACGUCUCGCUUCAAUCGGCUACGAGUUUCUCUCAGAGAAGAUCGACACGCUUCAUCCGACGACUAAAUUAGUCAUCCAGAAGGUUCUCUCGUCGGACUUGAAAGGUUGGGAGGUAUACAGAGACCAAGCCAUACAAAUGGAAUGUAUUGCCAAAGGCCGCCAAAUCUUCAACAAGUUCGAAGAUGGUAUUGACGUUUUAGUCGUGCCAACCGUGCCAUGGCAUCCGACUAUACAAGAAAUAGAAGACAGUCCGCUGAUUGCAAAUUCCAAGCUUGGUAUCUUCACACAUCCAGGAAAUGUCAUUGAUUUAUGCGGAGUCAGCGUCAAUGCCGGAUGGGCCGAAGAUGGAGGAGUUCGGUUACCUUUUGGUAUUACCUUUCAAGGCGGCAGCGGAUAUGAUGGUAAGGUGCUGGAUAUCGCAGCUGUUUUCGAAAAUUAUUCGGCAAAAUAA